AACCAAAACAGUGAGAACCGAUUCGCGAGCUCGCGCUGUGUUUCCGUCAGUCAUUGAAGCCUUCGCCCAAGUCGCGUCGCAGUUCGUCAGUCAGUUCAGUUCAGUUUCAGUCGCAUUUCCAAGACGUCAAACGAGUCGAAAGGUCGCAUCUCUGCCAUAGUGGUAAAGUUUUUAUUCGCGUGUAAAUUGUGUUUUCACAGAGAACAUAAUUACGGAUUAGGACAACGUGUGCCUACCAAAUAGCAAGCAGUGUGAUUUAACAGUGUGACGAAGUCUGACUCUGACUCGGUCUAUAGAAACAACAAAAAACACAAUCGCACCGGUAAAUCGUCCACCACAUCGAACAUGGCCGAAAAAGCGAUCCCGGAUGCCGGGGCCGACGAGCAGCAGAUCGGAUUCCUGACCAGUGUCAUCAACGAGAUCAUCUACAGCCCGCUGAAUCUGGUCCUGGUGGGAGUGAUCACCAUACUGGUGUACAAAAUCUUCCGCAGCCAGAGGCCACCGGCGGCUGGGCCCCCGCCGGAGCCGGAACUUCCCCGCCUGCGGCGGGACUUCACCGUGUCGGAACUGCUGCAGUACGACGGCAAGCAGGCGGACGGGCGGGUACUUGUUGCCGUCAAUGGCAGCGUGUAUGAUGUAACCAAGGGAAAGCGCUUCUACGGACCCGGUGGUCCGUAUGCAGCCUUCGGUGGUCGCGAUGCUUCCCGUGGAUUGGCCACUUUCAGUGUUACCAGCAACGAUAAGGCCGAGUACGAUGAUCUGAGCGACUUGACUCAGAUGGAGAUGGAAUCGGUCCGGGAAUGGGAAGCUCAGUUCAAAGAAAAAUACAUCCUCGUCGGUCGCCUGUUGAAGCCUGGCGAGCAGCCGACCAACUACUCGGACGAGGACGAGGACACCCCGAACGAAUCGACGCCCACCGGAGACAGCAAGAGCGCAUCCACGAAGGAUGAAACGAAACCCGCCGCCGCAGCCGCAGCACCGGCUCCAUCUUCGCCCAAGAAGACGGCCGACAGCAACAGUAGCAGUAGCGUGGCGACCAGUGAAACGGCAGCGGCGCCCACCGAGGCCACCUCCAAGGUGGAGGAUGUGAAAUCCGGUGGCGAUUCGAAGGCCGCGACCGAGUGACGCCCCUGCCCAAGCGGUAGCAGCAGCGGAAGCGAUACUAGAGGUAACAAUAGCGACAACAACAGUAGGUUAGACGGAAGUAGGCAUGGGGACGACGAUGACGAUGAAGAUGGAGCACGCAGCAGACCGUUCGAUCAGCAUAGUAUUUGCGAUAUGUUUGGAUUUUAACGAACCUUCCGCGGGGCGGCGGGCACGUGACGUAACGAAAGGAGAUAGCGAGGGUCUUUUACACUGACGAAAAGCAGGGUUUUGCAUGAGGCUUGCUGCUAAUAGGAUUCUUGUAUGGCGUGUUUAGUGACAAACGUGCUAUAAUUAUAGCUGUUUUAUAUUCAAUGUGCGUAUUUGUAUUUAGAGAUGUCGCCGUUGGUGAAGAUCGGCACCAGCAAGGGCGAUCUCGAUUGGCGUUUGUAGCAUGUUACCCAUCCAAUAAAACAACAUUCAAACGAUAUGUGAACGUUUUAUACAGUAGUAGAAGGACGGAUUUUGGUGCUACCUUAACGCAUUUCUGUGGGUCUCAUCAUUUCCAGGCUGUAUUCACUUAAGAGCAUGUUUGAUCGACAUACACAAACAUGUUCUUGAUUAUUUUUGUUUUCUAUCACAUUUUUUACUUGAUUUUUAAAACAUUAUUCUCAAUUGGAUCAAUAUAUUUUCCACUAAACAUGUUUCUCAGAGCCAUUAUUAACAAUAGUCAAUAUUUUUUUUUCAAAUUGAGUGUGUCAGGUUGGGUCUUCUUCAGAAAAUCUCAAUGAGGUGCCCCAUAAUUCGUCUUGUAUGUCUUCUUGCCAUUGUUUUUUUACGACUGAUCGAAAUCGAAGCUUUGAUUUUGAAAAAGUUUUAUCUAUUUUUCCCCAAUAAUAACAUGUUUGUCCGUCCAUGUUUAUGUUAAUGAUCCACAUUUUUCCAUCUCUUGGCCAUUUGGUUCUUGAGUAUUUCAUUCCAAUUUACUAUUCCAAAUAUGUUUACAAAUUUAUAGUACUUAGCAAAUUUUGAUCUAGGCCUAACAAAACCUAUCUUUUUUUUUCAAUCGGAAAUGCUUCUGCACUGUAUCGGAAUGUCGCGUCUUUCAUCGUCUCUCUUGUCACAAACGAACACAAUAUUAUGUCUCUGAACCAAAAAACAAUGGAAAAUUUUAUACGAAGAAAAUCUAUAACAUAAAUACGGCUAUCAACACUGAAAAAAAUAUUCGAUAUGCAUAUUAUAAAUGGAACAAUUUAUGGUGUCUUGGUAUUGAUAUGCAAAACUACACUAAAUCUUGGUCGUAACAGGAGUAACUACACACGCAUACAAAAGGCUUAAACAGCAAAAGUUGUUUAAUAAGUGGGAAUUUAGAAACUACAUAGAUCGUAAUUGUUUCGCAAAAUACAAACAAAAUACAAAACAAAAAAAACGAGAAAGAUGACUUCUAUUUACAACAUACAUAACCUUAAACACACAAACAACAACUUAAUUAUGAUGAUACCUGUCUACCGAUUUGACGAUCCACAUAGAUCGAAUAAUUCCUAAAAAUUUAUUAAUCUAGGGGGCAUACUUUUCGUUUUUUCAGAUAAUUCUUUCCCUCUUCGUCGCAAUUCGUAUACUUUCCAAGCAAUUUGUGUAAAUUAACCAAAAUUUAUUCUAAUAAAAAAAUAAAAAAAAAACGUUAAGACUUCAAAGUUUGUUGCUUGGUUGUUUUACAACUAUGAAAGAGAAUAGCUUAUAAGUGUUUUUUGCUAAGGAAUUUGUAAUUUAACGUCUCACCUUUUUUUUAAUUAGCAAAAGGAAUGGGAGCGGUAAAAGAUGAGUUUAACAGUUAAGAAAGUUUAUAAGAGAUGAAUAAUUUUGGUAGCUUUUUUAGGGCAGUCAGAGCGCUCCAAACACGCAGACAAAGAAUUAUCUAACACAGUAAGACCAGUACGAUAAUAGGCCGAACUUUGUGGUUCCAACAUAUUCCGUUUGAGUCGGAAGGGAUAACUCGAAAAGUAGCAGUAGGAAAAGGUUUCAUAACAUGGAAGAAUGAUUCGUGAACAUAACAGUUAUGAUGAUUAGGAAUGUGUCGGAACUAUCAAGUGGGAACGAGGCAGGAAAAUAAAUUUCGUACACUACUACAUUGAGUAAGUUUAGACAAAAUUA